UUGAUCAUCUGAAUCCCUCGAAGCUUCAUCAUCAUAGCCACUGUCUUCUUCCAUUGUACCAUCAUCCAGGGCCGCAGAGACCCGACCAACGAUCAUGGAGUGCUCGGGAUAGGGUUUGCACCGUUGAGAAUAGAGCUUUCAGUAAUGGAAGACAAGAGAACAGGAGGGGGAGACCUAUGUCUACGAUCUAACGUCACAGAUAUCUUGGGAUAGGGAAUUUGGGGUUGGGUAAUUGGAGGGGUUUUCUCCGAGUGGGUAUGGGAAAUAACAGGAGGGGGAGGGGAGUCCCGAUGGACAUUGGGAGAGUGCGAUUCAGAGUCCCCAGAAGCCUGUGAUAGAGUAACGGGUAAGGGAGCGGUGUCGGGUCUGACAAGGGGAUCAGAAGCAACCAUGCUCGGGGGAACGUGCAAAGUGGCAUUGGAAUUAUGACGCCGCCCACUAGCGCCCCCUCGCAUUCUGCCACGUAAGCAAUGAACAGAAGCGCCUCGGGAAGACUGAACGUCCUGUCUCGUCGCGGCUGCCGAACCCUCAGCCACGGUGGGGGUGCGAGCACUACCGCCGCGGGAUCGGGAAGGGCCUCGCCGGCAAGAGACAAGUAACCAAGGCCCAAAGUCCGAAUCAACCACGGAAGACGAAGAAUUCACCGGAGCCUCAGAAACAUUAGCCGGGAGAGAAGAGACACAGAUACCACCUGCUCCGGCUUCAGCAACCAAGGGAGAAUGCUCCUGCCUUACCUCCUUCCCUCAUUGAGAACGAGAGGGCUGCGAGGCAUUAGCAUUUCCGAUUGCUGACGCGCGGCUGCAAGAGUUGGAACCAUGCCCGAUCACUCCACAGGUGUAACAGAAGGUAGGAAGACGCUCGUACUAAACAACAAUAAACACACGAUGGAGAUCAUCUCCAAGCCAGAAGCCCUUGCUUAGAGGUUUGGAAAGAUCCAAUUCUAUGCAAACUCUGGCAUACUUGGUUCUAGUUAAGGACAGGGUAAGCUCAUCAACUUUCAGAAGUUUGCCCAAAUGGCCAGUGAUGGUUUCAAGUGUAUCGCCACUCCAGAAUUCAAUGGGUAGAUUGUGAAGUUGGAUCCAUAUCGCAGCCGUCAUGAGUUUGGUGAAAGUAGGCUCAAAAAACUGCCUCCAAGGAGACAGUUGGAGAAUUAUACCAUUAAUGGUCCAAGGACCCUCGGAGAGAAGACGCUGCAACACAGUUUGAUUCGGGCAUCUGAGAAGGAUAAAGCCAUUCGGAAGGUCUGAGAUAAGGAUUUCACCAAUAUUUUCCCAUUUCUUCAGGAGAAUGUUCUUGACUUGUUCAAAGGCAGGAGGCUUUCCGAAGAACUUGCCGAAAAGAGAGUACUGAAAUCGAAGACGAGCUCGAUCCAGAGCAUCGCUAUCAAGCUUAACGAAAUCAGAAGUAUUCUCUUUGAGUUUGUUAAGGACUGCGGGGUUAUGAAGUGGAGAAUUAUCUUGAGUAGUGGUGAGUUUGGAAGCAAUCUAGGGCCCAUGAAAGGGGGGAUGAGCGAGCAGGGGCGGACGGUGGAGAGGUUGAGGGAUUUGACCCCCCGCUUGCCAUAGCAAGAGGGGGAGGAAAAAGGAGGUAGAGGCAGAGACGAGCAGAGGCAGAGAAAGAGAGGGCAAACCAACUUGAAUGGGAGCAUAUAUAUGUUAGUGUGAUUUCACAAGAGCACAAAAAAGAGGAAGGAGAAUGAGAUGGUUGAGCAACGACCAACGCUUUUCUUGGGACGUCACUCAUCACGUUAGUCACCAAAUAAAGUUUUCACAGUACAAUACUCAAACCUUGAGAAGUGUAUCAUUUUCAUCCAUAUAAUAACAAAAAAUUUUGAGAUUAAUCAUGAAAACAAUAGCCUGACGAUAAAAUACUUGAUUUUUUUAUAAAAGAAAUUAAAAUUUUGAUUCCUGCGGACGGUAUCAUUGAAGUCUUAAAAAAAAGUAAGGGUUAAUUUGUUCACAUUAUUAAUAAAAAAAUAAAAAAAAUCUUAGGUAAUAUUUGAAAAAAAAACUAAAUUGGACACCAGACCAGGAACAAAUGCGUACCUAGAUGGAUUCUGGACUAGAUACGUACACUGAAAACCACUCCAUUCACAUUAAUUAACAAAAAUACCCUUAUUCACAUCAAUUCUGUACAGCACACCAUUUGACGUUCUCAAAUAGCAGCAGUAUAUAUGCUCUUCUCAUCUUCUGGGGGCUAUUUUUGUCAAUCUGGUUUUUCUCUUUUCCAAAUGUGAACAUCCCUUUCCUUCACUUCACUUCACUCGCCACUCGCUUAUUAAGUGCUAGUCUUCUCCCACUCUCCGCGCCAUCUCUCUCCAAAUUCUCUAGUGCUAGAUUGAAGUCAAGGUCUCCAAAGAUGGCUUCUUGGAACUCUGUGGAGAUGGAGAUUGCCUACCAAGUUCUUGGAUGGCUUGCCUUCUUCUCGUGGUCCUUCAGUUUUUAUCCUCAAGUCAUCCUCAAUUUCAAGAGAAAAAGUGUUGUGGGAUUGAACUUUGAUUUCUUGGUGCUGAACCUUACCAAGCACUCUUCCUAUUUGAUUUACAACGCCGGCCUCUUCUUCAGCAAGGCUAUUCAGAGGCAGUAUCAUAACAAGUAUGGCCAUGAUCAGAUGAUUCCUGUAGCACCAAGUGAUGUUGCUUUCUCAAUGCAUGCUGUAACGUUGACAGUUUUUACAUUGUUCCAGGUUCUAAUUUAUGACCGUGGACAUCAGAAGGUCUCAAAAACAUGCAUUUCAAUCACUUCCGUCAUCUGGCUUUCUGCUUUGGUAUGUGUGAUUGUGGCUUGGCCCAAACAUUCUUGGCUUUGGCUCGUCUCUGUGUUCAAUACUAUACAAGUUGUCAUGACUGCCAUCAAGUACACGCCACAGGUAUAA